AUUUUCUUUUCAUCAUCCAAGAAAGAAGAAAUGUCGUCUACGGCAGUGAGCCAACUGUUUGAUCUUCCAGCAGGAGAGCAGAUCUGCUAUGUCCAGUGUGGAUUCUGCACCACCAUUUUGCUGGUGAGCGUGCCAUGCAGCAGCUUGUCGAUGGUGGUAACGGUGAGAUGUGGGCAGUGCACCAGCCUGCUGUCUGUGAACAUGUUGAAAGCCUCUUUUCUUCCCUUCCAUCUCUUAGCUGCCUCUCUGACGAAGCAACAGCAACAAGAAGAAGAAGAAGAAGAAGAAGAAGAAGCCGCUGUUCAUCAUCUCAACCGCAUCAUCAACAAACCUCCAGAGAAAAGGCAGAGGGCUCCAUCGGCUUACAAUCGCUUCAUCAAGUACUUAAGACGAACUGAUCUCUCUCUCUCUUUUUCCAUGAUAGUCCGGGAACUGGGUUCUGAAUUUGUUGUAACCAUAUACUCUUUUUCAUGUUGUUGUUGUGGCAGAGAGGAGAUCAAGAGGCUGAAAGCUGAUAACCCCAAAAUGGCUCACAAGGAAGCUUUCAGUAUGGCUGCCAAGAAUUGGGCUCACUUCCCACCAGCCCAUUACGACGACAACGAGGUCGGGUUUAAUAAGCAGCAGCUGCAAGAAGGAGGGAGAUCAUAAUCGAGGUCCACAAACACCUAAUUGUUGGAACAACUUUGAUCAACCUGAAGAGCUGAUUUUCAGGUGAGCAUACAAGAUGGCAAAAAUAUCAAAGGAAAAGCUUCAAAUUAAGCUUGGGGCAUAUUAAUUAAUACUGUUCUGUUCCAAUUGGUGCAAUGUGAAAGACACUCUUGUAGUAAUGAUUUCAAUGAAAUACCUACACCUUCCUCUCUCUCUCUCUCUCUCUAUCUGUCCCUCUCUGGUAUAAUAAUAAACAGCUAGCUAUAUAUAGCAAGUAAAGGGCUUUUCUAACUUUUUUUUUUUUAGGGUUAGGGUUUGGUGUCAAAUCUCAUGUCAAAUUGUGGCAUAUAUAGAUGCCCUUGGGAAUUGAGGCAUUUUGAGCUGCGCGCACACUCACUCACUCACUCAACUUUCUAUCAUCACUACUCUUUCUUGGGAAGCCUACGAUUCAGCUUCACCAUGUUUCCAAUGUAUCUACCUAGCUAUAGUUU